CACACUCUUCUACAUUAUACAGACCGCAUGCUAAGCGAGUCCUUCAGAUUUUUUUAUGCCUGAAAAUAUUGAAUAAACAAAUCUCCCUCUAAAAUUAAAUUUGGAGAGAGGACUCGUUCAAAUAGAUGCGUCGACCCACUUACAGAAACCUUGUCAUCCAGAGAAGAUGCAGUGAGGGUAAAGUCGCAUGGAAGAAACCGACCCCACAUCCACUGUUUAAAUGCGUUUGAGCAUCCACACCAUAAAUUAAAUCAAAUCAAAAUCAUUUCUCACUUCAAAACAAAACAAAACAAAACAAAAGCAAAAUACCCCCCCUUUAUUUCCUUCAUCACAACUCUAUAAGCAAAAUAAAUCAUCAUCGGAGUCAGUACAUCUCCAAUUCCUCCUCCUCUUCCCUGAGGUCAUGUCGCCGGAAUCCCCCCGCCUUCGCCACAGCUCCAGCUUAGGUGCAGGCAGCCGCAAGACGCCCACCGCCCCCGCCCCGGUCCGCACCACCUCCGACCCCACCCUCGUGCGUGGCCACGCCGCCCUCCUCCCCAAUCGCGGCCAUGGCGGCGGCCGCAGCCGAGCCAUGACCCUGACCUCAUCACUCCGUUGCCUGGUCUCACGACUCUUUCUCCCCCUCCCCACAAUCUCCAUGGCCUGUCGAUUCGCCCGCGUGCCUGCCCCCUGCGACCUAGGCCGCCGCGUCACCGGCACGCUCUUCGGGCACCGCAAGGGCCACGUGACCUUCUCGGUUCAGGCGAGCCCCAGCGCGGAACCCGCCCUACUGCUCGAGCUGGCCGUUCCCACCUCCGGGCUCGUCAAGGAGAUGGGCUCCGGGCUGGUGCGCAUUGCUCUCGAGUGCGGGCGCGUCCACAGCUCGCCGAGGUCUCUGUUUGAUGAGCCGGUGUGGAGCAUGUAUUGCAACGGGAGGAAGGCGGGGUACGCGGUGGCGAGGGCGUGCAGCGAAGGGGACUGGAGGGUUUUGAGUGCGGUGAAGGCCGUUUCAGUAGGUGCAGGGGUGUUGCCUCCUCCGCCAUCUCCUUCGAAUGAGGGGGAGGAGGUGAUGUAUAUGAGAGCCCGGUUUGAGAGGGUGGUAGGGAGCAGGGAUUCUGAGGCCUUUUAUAUGGUCAGCCCAGAUGGCAACGGUGGUCCGGAGCUUAGCAUCUUUCUGCUCCGGAUAUGAGCACAGCGAUUGCUCCAUGCUGCUCUCUCUCACAGUGAUGUAAUCCUCUCUAAAAACCCUUUCUUCAUUCUCGCCAUGAAAUUUAACGUUAGCUUCCCACUAACCCAAGAAUUCCACUCUCUCUGUAACUUUAUUUGAAACAUUUAUAUUUUGAUAAAAUGACAGAGUGAAGACUGACUGAAAAUGGGAGAGGGAGGGACUGUAAAUAGGUUCUGUGGCGAGCAGCAUAUUCCACUGUAAUAAUAUUUUGUUUUGAAUGAGUAAUGGAACCCUAAUUUUUAUC